GUUGAAGUGGGAGCUCUUAUCUCCCUGCAUCGCUGCAGGCAGCGCCAGGGUACAGUUGUCAAGGGUUCAAAGGCCACAAGAACCGAGUCUUCGGACCCUCCCAGGUUUCCGCCUAAGUGGCCUUGCAGAUCUUUAGCGGCCGCGGGUUCAAGUCCCAGCCGCCGGCGCAGGCCGGGCACUCACCCGGAAAUGCAGCGACCUUCUCAAGAGUGGGGCGCCCGCGGAAAAAUCCCCUGGGACUGGCAGGACUGGAGUUGGCCUGGGCCCACUACAUCGCAGAGGCCAGGAGGCCACCGGUGUUUAGGGGUCAGGUCUGGGGACCAGCGCCAGCAGCCCGCAGUCCUCCAGCAGUGCCCCUUGAGGAUGCCGCGCGGAGCCUCGGGGGCAGCAGUCCGUCCGACUGACCACGUUUUACUGGAAUAGGACAGUUGCUGAAAACAAUGCUUAUCUCAAGCUGACUCAAAACUGGCUCUUGAGAAAAUCCAGUGUUAAUUAAAGAGGGUUGUCGGGGACAAAAUUCACCGCUUGCGUUUUGCGGGGGAGUAGUUGUGGGGUGAUCGUUUUAUAAACACGUUUUCUCGAGAGUUUAUUAUAUCUCUGGCUGGGAACAGGAGAAGAGGGGGAACUGUUUCUGCAGUCCAUGGGAACCAGCGUCUCACUUUCGGGGACCGUGGGCAAGGGUCGCCGCCCUUCGAUUGCGCGGCGGCUGGUCCACCAGAGUAGCCAAGUUUUCCAGGUCGCCGGGGAAAGGUGGAAAACUCGACUUGAGCCUGCCUUGCUCCUGUGAGACAUUCGCGCACGAAUAGCCCAGCAGUGAGUGCCUCUACCUACAAUGAGCCCUUCAUUUCCCGGAUCCGUUCAGGGGGAAGCAGCGAACCCGCAAAUUCACUUCUUUCUGUGGCUGAUAAAAGGGUGCUUGCAGAGCGUGGAAAAACACAACAAAACAAAGAAACAAGAAUACCUUGAGUGUUUUGACGUUUGAAAACCCGACUCUGGAGAAUCAUGGAAUCAUAUUUCAAGUCCCAGUGUCUAAUGAAGUUUAGGUGACUCCUUAUCACUCGGGUUUGUGAAAUCACUGCGUCGCGCGCCCCAAGUUACAGCUGGGCAGAGCAGGGAUGGGGAGGGUCUCCGGCCCCAGGCGCUGCGCGGCGGGGCUUUGCCCAGUUUCCUGCCUCACAGUGGCGGAGUCCGCCCCGGCCCAGAGCAGUCUGUGGAAUUUAGAAACUCGAUAGGAGGCAGCAGCUGGUCUCCCACCACCCUAAAAAUAAUCCGCUCCGGCGCACUGCGUGCUUCGCCUAGGGGAGGAAAACUGUCAUCGGAGUAAGUGAAUCCGUGUCUUUUACAUGAAUGCUGUUUAAACAUUUUAAGGAAUAACUGAGUCCUGCGUCCCGGUUUGAAUUUACAUCUUAAGACAGUGUAGGAAGUCGGUGUUUUGAAGGUAGCUCAAGUGCACCGGCAGGGGUUUGAAGCAGCGUGAAGCUAUUGCCCAAGAGUAAACCAUAUAAGAAGAAAUGAGCCUUUCAUUUUGUGGUAACAACAUUACUUCAUAUAAUAUCAAUGACGGUGUGUUACAAAAUUCCUGCUUUGUGGAUGCCCUCAACUUGGUCCCUCAUGUCUUUUUGUUGUUUAUCACUUUUCCAAUAUUGUUUAUUGGAUGGGGGAGCCAAAGCUCAAAAGUACAAAUUCACCACAACACAUGGCUUCAUUUUCCUGGACAUAACCUGAGAUGGAUUCUUACAUUUGCUCUCCUGUUUGUGCAUGUCUGUGAAAUAGCAGAAGGCAUUGUUUCAGACUCACGGCGAGAAUCGAGGCACCUCCACCUCUUCAUGCCAGCUGUGAUGGGAUUUGUUGCCACUACAACAUCAAUAGUAUAUUAUCACAAUAUUGAAACAUCAAAUUUUCCUAAGUUACUUUUAGCCCUAUUCCUGUAUUGGGUAAUGGCCUUUAUUACAAAAACGAUAAAAUUGGUUAAGUACUGUCAGUCUGGUUUGGGCAUAUCAGACCUGCGUUUCUGCAUCACAGGCAUGAUGGUCAUCUUGAAUGGGCUCUUGAUGGCUGUGGAGAUCAACGUCAUUCGAGUCAGGAGAUAUGUAUUCUUCAUGAAUCCUCAGAAGGUAAAGCCUCCUGAAGACCUCCAGGAUCUGGGAGUGAGAUUUCUUCAACCAUUUGUGAAUUUGCUGUCAAAAGCAACAUACUGGUGGAUGAACACACUUAUUAUAUCUGCUCAUAAAAAGCCUAUUGAUCUGAAGGCAAUUGGAAAAUUGCCAAUAGCAAUGAGAGCAGUAACAAAUUAUGUUUGCCUGAAAGAUGCAUAUGAAGAACAAAAGAAAAAAGUUGCAGAUCAUCCAAAUAGAACUCCAUCUAUAUGGCUUGCAAUGUACAGAGCUUUUGGGCGACCAAUUCUGCUUAGUAGCACAUUCCGCUAUCUGGCUGACUUACUGGGUUUUGCUGGACCUCUUUGUAUUUCUGGAAUAGUUCAGCGUGUGAAUGAAACCCAGAAUGGGACAAGUAACACAACUGGAAAUUCAGAUACCCUCUCAUCAAAGGAAUUUCUUGAAAACGCUUAUGUUCUAGCAGUUCUUCUCUUCUUGGCUCUUAUUUUGCAAAGGACAUUUUUGCAGGCUUCCUACUAUGUAACCAUAGAGACUGGCAUUAACCUCCGUGGAGCUCUGCUGGCCAUGAUUUACAAUAAAAUUCUUAGGCUCUCUACAUCUAACUUAUCCAUGGGGGAGAUGACUCUGGGGCAGAUCAACAACUUAGUUGCCAUUGAAACUAAUCAACUCAUGUGGUUUUUGUUCCUGUGUCCCAAUCUAUGGGCUAUGCCUGUUCAGAUCAUAAUGGGAGUGAUUCUGCUCUAUAAUUUACUUGGAUCAAGUGCAUUGGUUGGUGCAGCUGUCAUUGUGCUUCUUGCGCCAAUUCAGUACUUCAUUGCUACAAAGUUGGCAGAGGCUCAGAAAAGUACACUUGAUUAUUCCACUGAGAGACUGAAGAAAACAAAUGAAAUAUUGAAAGGCAUCAAACUUCUAAAAUUGUAUGCCUGGGAACACAUUUUCUGCAAAAGUGUGGAGGAAACAAGAAUGAAAGAACUAUCUAGUCUCAAAACCUUUGCACUUUAUACAUCACUCUCCAUCUUCAUGAAUGCAGCAAUUCCCAUAGCAGCUGUUCUUGCUACAUUUGUGACCCAUGCGUAUACCAGUGGAAACAACCUGAAACCUGCAGAAGCCUUUGCUUCAUUGUCUCUCUUCCAUAUCCUGGUGACACCACUGUUCCUGCUCUCCACGGUGGUCAGAUUUGCAGUCAAAGCCAUCAUAAGUGUUCAAAAGCUGAAUGAGUUUCUCUUGAGUGAUGAAAUUGGUGAUGACAGUUGGCGAACUGGUGAAAGUUCGCUUCCUUUUGAGUCCUGUAAGAAACACACUGGAGUUCAGCCAAAAACUAUAAACAGGAAACAGCCUGGAAGGUAUCACCUGGACAGCUAUGAGCAAUCAACACGGCGUCUACGUCCCACAGAAACAGAGGAUAUUGCCAUAAAGGUCACAAAUGGGUACUUUUCAUGGGGCAGUGGUUUAGCUACAUUAUCCAAUAUAGACAUUCGAAUUCCAACAGGUCAGUUAACCAUGAUUGUGGGCCAAGUAGGAUGUGGGAAGUCCUCUCUUCUCCUUGCCAUCCUUGGUGAGAUGCAGACAUUGGAAGGAAAAGUUCACUGGAGCAAUGUAAAUGAAUCUGAGCCUUCUUUUGAAGCAACCAGAAGUAGGAACAGGUAUUCUGUGGCAUAUGCAGCUCAAAAGCCUUGGCUAUUAAAUGCUACAGUAGAAGAAAAUAUUACUUUUGGAAGUCCUUUUAACAAACAGAGGUACAAAGCUGUCACAGAUGCCUGUUCUCUUCAACCAGAUAUUGACUUAUUACCAUUUGGAGAUCAAACUGAAAUUGGAGAGAGGGGCAUCAACCUGAGUGGGGGACAGAGGCAGAGAAUCUGUGUGGCACGAGCACUGUAUCAAAACACCAACAUUGUCUUUUUGGAUGAUCCAUUCUCAGCCCUGGACAUUCACUUAAGUGAUCACUUAAUGCAGGAGGGGAUUUUGAAAUUCCUGCAAGAUGACAAAAGGACACUCGUUCUUGUGACUCACAAAUUACAGUAUCUGACGCAUGCUGACUGGAUCAUAGCCAUGAAAGAUGGAAGUGUCCUAAGAGAAGGAACUUUGAAGGAUAUUCAGACCAAAGAUGUUGAGCUUUAUGAACACUGGAAAACACUUAUGAAUCGGCAAGAUCAAGAAUUAGAAAAGGAUAUGGAAGCUGACCAAACUACUUUAGAGAGGAAAACUCUCCGAAGGGCCAUGUAUUCAAGAGAGGCCAAAGCCCAAAUGGAGGACGAAGACGAAGAGGAAGAAGAGGAGGAAGAUGAGGAUGAUAACAUGUCCACGGUAAUGAGGCUCAGGACUAAAAUGCCAUGGAAAACCUGCUGGCGGUACCUCACUUCUGGAGGAUUCUUCCUGCUCAUCCUGAUGAUUUUCUCUAAGCUUCUGAAACAUUCAGUCAUUGUAGCUAUAGACUAUUGGCUGGCCACGUGGACAUCAGAGUACAAUAGAAACAGUACUGGAAAAGCUGAUCAGACCUACUAUGUGGCUGGUUUUAGCAUACUUUGUGGAGCAGGCAUUUUCCUUUGUCUUGUUACAUCCCUUACUGUAGAAUGGAUGGGUCUCACAGCUGCCAAAAAUCUUCACCACAACCUUCUCAAUAAGAUAAUUCUUGGACCAAUAAGGUUCUUUGAUACCACGCCCCUGGGACUGAUUCUCAAUCGCUUUUCAGCUGAUACUAAUAUCAUUGAUCAGCACAUCCCUCCAACCUUGGAAUCUCUAACUCGCUCAACACUGCUCUGCCUGUCUGCCAUUGGGAUGAUUUCUCAUGCUACUCCUGUGUUCCUGGUUGCUCUCCUGCCCCUUGGUGUCGCCUUUUAUUUUAUCCAGAAAUACUUCCGAGUUGCCUCUAAGGACCUCCAGGAGCUUGACGAUAGUACCCAGCUCCCUCUGCUCUGUCACUUCUCAGAAACAGCGGAAGGACUCACCACCAUUCGGGCCUUUAGGCAUGAAACCAGAUUUAAACAACGUAUGCUGGAACUGACAGAUACAAACAACAUUGCCUACUUAUUUCUCUCAGCUGCCAACAGAUGGCUGGAGGUCAGGACGGAUUAUCUGGGAGCUUGCAUUGUCCUCACUGCAUCUAUUGCAUCCAUUAGUGGGUCUUCGAAUUCUGGAUUGGUAGGCUUGGGUCUUCUGUAUGCACUUACGAUAACCAAUUAUUUGAAUUGGGUUGUGAGGAACUUGGCUGACCUGGAGGUCCAGAUGGGUGCAGUGAAGAAAGUGAACAGUUUCCUGACUAUGGAGUCAGAGAACUAUGAAGGCACCAUGGAUCCUUCUCAAGUUCCAGAACAUUGGCCACAAGAAGGGGAGAUCAAGAUACAUGAUCUGUGUGUCAGAUAUGAAAAUAAUCUGAAACCUGUUCUUAAACACGUCAAGGCUUACAUCAAACCUGGACAAAAGGUGGGCAUAUGCGGUCGCACUGGCAGUGGGAAAUCAUCCUUAUCUCUGGCUUUCUUCAGAAUGGUUGAUAUAUUUGAUGGAAAAAUUGUCAUCGAUGGGAUAGACAUUUCUAAAUUACCACUGCACACACUACGUUCUAGACUUUCAAUCAUUCUGCAGGAUCCAAUACUAUUCAGUGGUUCCAUUAGAUUUAAUUUAGAUCCAGAGUGCAAAUGCACAGAUGACAGACUCUGGGAAGCCUUAGAAAUUGCUCAGCUGAAGAAUAUGGUCAAAUCUUUACCAGGAGGUCUAGAUGCGGUUGUCACUGAAGGUGGGGAGAAUUUUAGCGUUGGACAGAGACAGCUAUUUUGCCUUGCCAGGGCCUUUGUCCGCAAAAGCAGCAUUCUUAUUAUGGAUGAGGCAACAGCUUCCAUUGACAUGGCCACAGAAAAUAUUUUGCAAAAGGUAGUAAUGACAGCCUUCGCAGACCGAACUGUGGUGACAAUAGCUCAUCGAGUUCACACUAUUCUGACGGCAGACCUGGUUAUCGUGAUGAAGCGAGGAAAUAUUUUAGAAUAUGACACUCCAGAAAGCCUCUUGGCUCAGGAAGAUGGAGUAUUUGCUUCUUUUGUUCGUGCAGACAUGUGAAGGAGUAUCUUAAAAUGAUACAUGUAUUUAAAAUAAUGCAGUCAUACCUAAUUAAUGGAUCAUCAGCUUGACCUCUGUAAAGUGGCAUCUUAAACUUUCACAGAUUUUUGCACAAGAAGUUGACGUUUAUUUUUCCUGUUUUUUAAAACAGUUUUUCAGGAUAUUAUUGCUUAAAAUGUUCAUUAUUGAUAUUUCUAUAGUGAUCAAGCCACUCUACCUUUAAGAAUAGCUAGGUUGUAUUAAAACAUGUAAGCUACUUUAAAUGGUAAACCUAUAGCUACAAUUUUCUCAUAACUUUAAGUCUGGCAUGGAAGUCCGGAACUUUAAGUCUGGCAUCUCUCAGGCAUGGACGUUGCAAUGAGUAGUUAGUAUUACCAUACUCUUGUUAGUAGGAAUAUAUUUUCCUUAUUGUUGGAGUCUCCAGAGGUUAUUGGAAGAGAAUUAAAAAAGAUAUGUUUUCUAAUGAAGUUCUCAAAUUCAUUAUCUACAAGAAUGCAUUUGUAUUCAUUAACAUUACUAUUUUUGUUAGAAGUCUCUUUUUUCUCUUGUUUCUUAUCACAAAGAAGUUAUCACUGUAUUUAUUCUAUAAAGCCAAUGCCUUAGCUAGAAAGAUCAUGAAGAGUUUAAAUAUUUUAAAAAUUUUUCUCAAAUUUUCAUUUUUUCCUGUUCUGUAAUGAGAGAAUUAUUAAGAUAUAAGGCAUAAUGUGCCUUUUCCAGACAGAAGUUCAAAGAGUGAUUAGGUUCAAUCUUUCAGUGGCAGGCCAGCUAAACGUUCUACAGUUAAUUACUAGCUGUGCUUCUUAUCUUAAGCCCUAAAGUGCCACAUUACUCAAGAUUUACACAGGCACGUUGACUUCUUUUGGCACUGCUAAUUAUGGCAGGUGAACAUUCCUCUUAGGUGUCAGAUAUUUCCUCUGAAACAAUCUAAUGGCAGGCUGGAAAUAUCUUACACUUUGAAGUUAUAUAUGUAACAAGUGUCUAUUUCUAGCUGGGAGAGUUUACCUCUUCUAGACAUUUACCCAAUGGCGUCACAUAUAAUCGUUUGCUCCUGCUUUAAUUUUAAUGUGCAUAUAAAAAAUAUGCCAAAAAUGCUAUUGUAAUUUUAAUGAGCAUGUAAAGAGAGUGUAUCAAAAAUUCACGGGAUAUUAGUGCUAGGUUUUGCUUAAAUGAAAAUUAAUAAAUUCAAAAAUACUAAAAGUUACCAUCAUUGUCAUGUGAGCAACCCGUUUCUACCCUUCUGUGCCCAUCCACUGUAAAUAUCAUCAAUUUCAUAUUCAUAUGAAGAUCCACAUCCAUUGUAAGAUUGUGAAGACUUAUAAAAUUGAUGAAUUAAGAGAAAUUAUGGUGCUUUUCUAUAGUUUUUUGUGCUCUGUUUAUUGUGUAGUGUAUUCACUGUUGGAAAAUCUGUAAUAGUUGUGUAUCUAGAAUAUUGAAUCUUUAUAUUGACAGAAAAGUAAGUUCCAUAAAUAUAGACAAAAAUGGCCCAUCAUAUUUAGCUUAAAUUGCAAACUUUUGUUGUGUAUGUAAAACUUCAUUGGAAGAAAAUAACAUUAUUGUUUUCUGAAAACUAAACAGAAUAUGACUGGUACUCAUUAAUUAUAUCUUGAAAAUAUUUUCUAAAACUUCAACCACUCUUCUAAAAUGUUGGUGUUUAAAUCAUUUGCAGGGCUGAAUAUACAUGUUUCUUGUUAGCAGGUUAUAAUUCAUUCUCACAGAGAAAAGAGUUGUUACCCAUGGAAGUAACCUCUUAAUGAUAUUUUCUAAUUAUAUCACUGUACAGGCAACAUCAGUAGAAGCCUUUUUAGCUACACUAAACUAAAGAUCAUGUUUGCCCUUUUACACCCAAGUGGUGGCUGGUCCCCUCAUAACUGUUAGUUACUUGAGUAAAGGUCUAACUGUCAACUAAAUUGACUAAAUAAGGUCAAGGAUAAUCUUCUUCAUUGAUAACCAUUUAUUAUACAUAUAUUAUCUAUCGAACAUAAAAAGAUUCAUCUUAAAAUAAUAUUUGACUAUAUAGGUACAUCUCUGUAAAAGAUGACCAGCUUAACUAAAUCAAAUUUUACAUUUAUAAAUUUUACAUUUAAUUAGUCAAAUACAUUUUAAAAUUAUAAUUCCCAUAAGAAGCAAUAAAUGCAUCAAGCAUUAUAUUAAAAUACCACGGUUACUGAUGUCAUUGACAGGGAAAAGACAUUUCGUAUAAACACUUGUGCACCCUCUAUUUUUAUACUCUUACUCAUGAUCCAUUUAAAAGUCCACUCAGCCCUAGAUUAGAUACCAGAAGACCCUCUAAAUAACUGAUCCCUGAAAUUUGGGACCAUGUCUUAUUUGCCAUUGUGCCCUUGGAAUUUAAUACAAGUGCCUAACCCAUAGUAGGCCCUAAGAAAUAUAGUUGAUUGAUUCACUGAUCAGUUUUACUGCCAUGUGCCUAGAACUAUAGGUUAUUCUCUCUUUUCUGUGUUGUCUUUAUUCUAUUUAUUCUCUACAAUAUAUAAAAUGUGUUUAUUCUCUACAAUAAAUGUAUUUAUGCUCUAUAAUAUAUAAAAACAUAUUGGACUACUAUUAUAUAAUAAAUUACUUUAUUUGCUUAAAGAGGGUGAUUAUUUUUUCACUUACAGUUCCACUGGGCAGCAGCCAGGACUGGUCAAUAGAUGGAACUCAAUACCAAUUUAGAGACAAUACCUAGCCCUGCUUUGACAAUCCUGUUUCACAUGUGCCAGAGUCAUGCACUUCCUUACUUUUAUAGAUAGGCUCCAGAGAAGUUUCCAUUAAGUGAAACAGCUAUAUUAUUUUUUUAAAUAUAUCUUUAUUUAAAUAACCUAAUGGACUUUUUCCCAAGGUUUAUUGAUCAAUUUUUAGGGUUGUCUUCCAAUAUAUAUUUUAUCAUAUUUUGUAACACACUCUUUGGAGGUCUGUGAUUUACAGUACUAUGAUAAUUCCAUUACUGACUUAUUCAAAGUUAGAUACAAAUACUUAUUACUCAAAGUCUUCUAAUCUAAGCCAUUUGGCAUAAGAAGCAAUAGCCAAGUGGAUGUAUCCUGUACCUUAUGUUUAAUUUGUUCUUUAGUAACUACAUAUCAUUGAUAUCAGAUUAUCUCAAGUAUUAACAGAUUCACCUGGAUCAAAUUCUCCAGUGAAAGAGUUUGUAUCUAUAUUUCUAGUAAGUGCCUCCAACUGGAUUCAUAAAAACCAAAUUUGGGAA